CCUCCUCCGCCGCCAUGCUGGCGUUGCUGUCCCGGCUGCUGGACUGGUUCCGGUCGCUGUUCUGGAAGGAGGAGAUGGAGCUGACGCUGGUGGGGCUGCAGUACUCGGGCAAGACCACCUUCGUCAACGUCAUCGCGUCAGGUCAGUUCAGUGAAGACAUGAUUCCUACAGUGGGCUUCAACAUGCGGAAAGUUACAAAGGGUAACGUCACAAUAAAGAUCUGGGAUAUAGGAGGACAGCCACGUUUCCGAAGCAUGUGGGAGCGCUACUGCAGAGGAGUCAAUGCUAUUGUUUAUAUGGUCGAUGCUGCAGAUCGUGAAAAAAUAGAAGCAUCUAGAAAUGAGCUGCACAAUUUACUAGACAAACCACAGCUACAAGGAAUUCCUGUUCUAGUGCUUGGAAACAAGAGAGACCUUCCUAGUGCUUUGGAUGAGAAGCAACUUAUUGAAAAAAUGAACCUGGCUGCUAUUCAAGACAGAGAAAUUUGCUGCUACUCUAUUUCCUGCAAAGAAAAGGACAAUAUAGAUAUCACACUUCAGUGGCUUAUUCAGCACUCAAAAUCUAGAAGAAGCUGAAAUCUUGCCGAAGACUCCCCAGUUGGCCGUAAUCUCAAUUAUCUACUCCCUCCAUGAUGAAACGUUACCCAGGAUAGCCCUCCUGUAUCCAAGGAAUUGCCUUUUUUUCACAGUUCAUGCCUCAUGUGCACUGCUGAAGACUUAUAUUCCUACUUCUGUCAUAAAGAAUUGCCUAGAGUUGUCAUGAGUUGUGCAGACGUUUUUAAGUUCAUCUAAACAGUGGCAGUGGGUGCUUUUUAAAAAAAGAGA